AUGCCGCCGAGACUCACAGCUUCACACUGGACGGACAGCUGCCAAGAGCACUUUGAAAUGCUCAUCACCCGCUUGACGGCUUCAGCAAAUCUUCCCCACCGCUGGGUUGAGAAUCAUGAGUGGGUGACACUUGUUGCCAAAUUUAUUCCAGGCGCGAAGCUUUUCUCACGAAAUAAACUAACAAAGACUCUCAUUCCGCAAGAGCUCGAGCGAGUUCAGGGCUUGGCACAGAAGAACUUGAAGGACCUGAAGGUUGCGGAAGGGACUUUCCAACUGGACGGCUGGACAGGAGGCAACUACCAUCACUUCCUAGGGUUCAUGUUCAUGGCCGGAUCGAAGGUCUUUGCAGCUGAACUCAAGGAUACAUUGUGCGAAAGGAAGACUGCAGAAAAAUUACUCACACAUGUGCGGGCCGAGUUUGCUCGCACGGAGGAGACAUGGAACAUCAAACUUGUUGCCCUCGUUUCGGACAACAGCAGCAAGUCGCUAGCGAUGCGGAAGGCCUUGCAACUUGAAAGGCCAGAUCUUAUCAUCAUGCAGUGCUACACUCAUUAG